AUGACUGAGUCAAAGCCUCCGUCCAACACCCUGGAAGAAUUCUACGACGAGGGUAUGGUGGACUAUGAGAGUGACACUGCUGCGUCGAGCAUCUACGACAAUCCUUCAGUUACGCCACCGCCACGUGACACCACGCGCGUCGCGCCUAGCUAA